AUGGCUGAAGGAGAGAAUGAAGUGAGAUGGGAUGGACUGUGCAGUAGAGAUUCAACUACUAGAGAGACAGCAAUGGAAAACAUUAGGCAAAUCGUUUUGAGAAAAACUGAGUACCUUCGUUCGUUGAAAGAGACACCUUGUCCUCCAUCAGACGGGCUUUCAAAUGCUGUUUCUUUGGAUGGGUUGAAUAAGCUUCUUGCUCAUCUGCUUAUGCUUUCUAAGAGGUGUCCCUUUAAAGAUGUAAGAGAGAAAAGUGAGUUUAUUCUGAAGAGCGUCCAGGAAGAAGAAGAGAAUGACCCUGAGGCCGAAGAGGAGAUCGAAGGUGAGGAACCUGAAGUUCAAGAAGCAGCUGAAACCCCUGAUGUAGCUGAGGAGACCAAGGGACCUUUACCUGAAGAGCCUGAAAUCUCUGAGGUCCCUGAACCAGAGCAGAAUCAGUCCUCAAAAGACAAAUACUAUGUAAUUCCACCUAGAGUAGUCAAAAUCAUAAAGACAGAAUGUAUUAUGGUGACUGCCAGGCAGCUGGACAGAAGGGAGGUUGGAAGUUAUUGUGUCAUGAGUAUAGUUUCAAGUUUCCAAGAUGAAAAGAGUUAUGAGGAUGAAGGACCUGAAUCUUCUGAGUAUCCUGCAGUUGAAAUAGAAGUUGAAAAAGAAACCAGUGAGGUCCUGGAAACUGAAGAAGAAUUACUUCAAGCAGUUGAACUGCCUGAAUUUCCAGAAGAUGCUUAUCCUGAUGUUCCUGAAAUGGAGCCAUUUAAAGACCAUCUCCAGUCUUUUGUCUCUUCUUGGAGUCUUAUGGAAGCAGCAGUCACUGAAUCUUUUAUUCAAAUUUUAAACUUGGAGAUUGCACAUAAGUCUCCAGAGGAACUAUUUCAGAAAGUAAUCGAAACUAUGGAAAAACCUUUUCAAUAUGCUGGCUGGGAGUUAACUAUUGACGAUUAUGAUGAAGAAGCUGAAGACUAUCAGGCCGAAACAGAAGUUGAGGAGGACUUAGAAGAAGAGGAAGAGGAAGAGGAAGAGAAUGAUGACAGAAUUAAAGAGAAGAGAAGGCAUUUGGGAGAUUCAAAGCAUUUUUGUCCAGUGGUUCUCAAAGAAAACUUCAUCCUACAACCAGGCAACACAGAUGAAGCAGUUAAAUAUAGAGAAAAAAUCUAUUACUUUUCAACUCCUGAGGCUAAAGAAAAGUUUUUGGAGCACCCUGAGGAGUAUGUGGCUCAUAAAGAGCCACUAAAGGCUCCCCCAUUAAGAAUAUGCCUUCUAGGCCCCCAUGGUUCUGGCAAAACUGUCUGUGGAAGACAAUUGGCAGAAAAAUUGGGGAUUUUUCACAUUCAGUUUGAAGAAUUUCUUCAAGAAAAACUAAUGGUCAAACUUGAAAAGAAAGUUGGACUUGAAUAUGAGGAAGAGUCUGAGGAAGAACAAUCCGCAAAAGAAGAAAUUGAAGAGCUUGCACGUCAAGCUAAUAUUACAAUCAAGGAUGACACACCAAAGAAGCCGACUCCGGAAGUACAACUUACUGAAGAAGAAGAAGCAAUCAAAGCAAGCCUAAUGGAAAAUGAGUCAUUGCCUCCUGAAAUUCUUGAAACCAUUCUUUCUGAGUGGUGGCUUAAGGAACCAAUACGUUCCACAGGUUUUAUAUUAGAUGGUUUCCCACGAUAUCUUGAUGAGAUCCAGUUUCUGGUGGAACGUGGGUUUUUCCCAGAUGCUGCUGUUUUCAUACAAGUUGAUGAUCAAGAUAUUUCUGAUCGCCUCCUUCCUUCCCAAAUUAAAAAGUGGAAACUGAAACAAAACAAGAAAUUAGAAAGAAAAAAUAUGAUCAAAGAAAUAAAAGCAAAAAUCAAGAAUGAUAUGAUUUCUAAAAGGAGGGCUGAACUCAUAGCAGAAAGAGAGAGCAAAAGGAAAGAUUUCAUUAGAGACUAUGAUGAAUUCAGUGAGGAUGAAAAUGAUGAAGACGAUGAUAUUGAAAACAUCCUUGAAGAAGAGUUUCCAAAAGAUGAGGAAACGCUGAGUGAGGAAGAGGAAGAGCAGGAAAUUGACGCACUUGAACGCCUGAGAGCUGAACUCGGAGAAAAAAUUUGACGCAGAUAUGAAUAAUUUACAAUUACUACAGGAAGAAUUUGAGAAGUUUUUGAUACCAGUGAUUUUCAUUAAUGGAGCUCGGAAGAUGCACAUUGUGCAAUAUACGUUAAGUACGAAACUGAAAUCACUGGUGGAAAACCGUGCAAGCAUUUUUGAGAAAUGUUAUCCAAUCACAUCACACCUUGCUCAGAAAAUGCUCAGUUUUACCUAUAAGUAUACAAGUGCAUUUGGCUACUGGGACCCUGUAAAGCUAAGUGAAGGAGAGACAAUCAAGCCAAUUGAAAGUCCAGAGAACCCACUGUAUCCUGUAAUCCAUCGCCAGUACAUUUAUUUUUUAUCUAGUAAGGAAACUAGAGAGAAAAAUUUAUGAAGAACCCCAUCAAAUAUAUUCCGCCAACCCAAA